AUGACAACUGUGUUUGAAUUUCCCAAGAUCCAUUCAUUUCCUCCUCUAUAUACUAAACAACCUAACCUAACAAUACUACACAAUCAGCUUGAAUCAUGGGGAGAAAUAAUACUAUCAUAUUGCCAGCAUUAUAAGAUAACUUCAUUAACCUUGGGGGGAUCAGUAUUACAUACACAAUUGAACGACGUGACUACUAAUGAAAUACCGCCAUUGUUUGAGAAUAAGAAUAUUAAUAGAGCGGUGAAUGAUGACUUCAAAGCGAUGAUUUUUAAGCAUUUGAUCCAUAAGCUCCAUAGAGCCGAAUACAUUAAUCCAAAGCAGCCAGAAACAGGAAUAUUGAUAUACUGGAAAACUUUGAUUGAAUGGGCAAACAUUUUACAUGAUUUCGUUGAGAGGACUGGUCAGUUGGGAUCGGUUCUUACCAUUUAUGAGUUAACUAAACUGGAAGAUUCUGGCGUUGAUGAGGAUUUGAAGGACUUAGACUAUAACUUACUCGUGAGAAUAUUAAAGGGAGUAUUAAUCAAACAAGGAAGAGCCCAAAUAUUAAUGAAUGAGGAUGGCACUCAAAUUGGAGGUGUGAAAAUAGUAUAA